GUGAGAGGGAGAUAGAUUGAAAGGCAACUGAAUACAGUGCCAGAGUCUGGCAAAGUCGGACCAUCUAGAGAGGAGACACAAGCAAAGGCAAAAUAAUAACACGCGAAGCAACCACAAAGAGGGGUCUCAGCUCACUCAACUCCAUUCCCAUUUGCAGAGAGAAAAAGCGACGAUAUUUCUACGGAGAGUUCACAAAUUGCUGCUAGAUCUUCAUUCAACCCCCCCAUCUGGCCACCCUUUGGUGUUGGAGAGUGGAAAAAAAGGCGGGAAAAUUCAGUUCAACCCUACUGUCCAUCCCUUGAAGAGGAUACCAGGGGUACUUAGCAGGGGUGUAGGGUAGCCUGUUUCGGAUGCAUUUGACAGAAUCCAACAAUUGGUGAUGUGUGCAAGUGAAAAAUGGAGCUUUUAGAUAGGGAUUGCAAUUAAAUUAUGCCCAAAUAUUGACUAGUGACUGUGUGAAUGGUAUCCACGUAGUAGUGAAUUAAAAAUUUUGCGAGUGAGAGAAUAAGAUACGUGUCGCGUGUGCCCAACUUGAGCAACAAUGUAUAAGCUUUUAGGAGGGCUUAAGGAUUACUUUAAGCUCCAGGAAAUUCAGACGGACAAUGCCGUCUUCCGUCUCCACAAUGUCUUCACCACAGUCCUCCUUCUCACAUGUAGUCUUAUCAUAACAGCAACUCAGUACGUGGGUCAACCCAUUAGCUGUAUUGUCACUGGAAUUCCGACCCAUGUUGUAAAUACAUUUUGCUGGAUUUCCAGCACUUUCACAAUGCCCGAUGCAUUUAGAAGACAGGUGGGGCUCGAUGUGGCACAUCCAGGAAUCACAAAUGACUUCAACGAUGAGGAUGCCAAGAAGUAUUACACGUACUACCAAUGGGUGUGUUUCGUCCUUUUCUUCCAGGCAAUCGCAUGCUAUACACCGAAAUUCCUCUGGGAUGCAUUCGAGGGUGGUCUCUUGAGAACCAUCGUGAUGGGACUCAAUUUGGGCAUUUGCCGUGAAGAGGAGAAAACAGCCAAGAAGAAGGUUCUCAUUGAAUACAUGCUACAGCAUCUAAAGCGCCAUAAACUCUAUGCCAUACGCUACUGGGGCUGUGAAUUCCUCUGCUUCGUCAAUAUUGUCAUUCAACUGUGGCUUAUGAAUAAAUUCUUUGAUGGUGAAUUCAUGUCCUAUGGCCUGAGGGUCAUGAGGCUGUCGGAGACACCACAGGAGAGUCGAUUUGAUCCCAUGGUGUAUGUAUUUCCACGUGUGACAAAGUGCAUCUUCCAUAAAUAUGGUGCUUCAGGCUCCAUUCAGAAGCACGAUUCCCUGUGCAUCCUGCCCCUCAAUAUUGUCAACGAGAAGACAUACAUUUUCAUAUGGUUCUGGUACAUUAUCCUGGCCAUUCUUCUUGUCGGAUUAAUAAUUUAUCGGGCUAUGAUUAUAACGAUGCCGGCAGUUCGGGCCAGAAUCCUCAAUGCACGCAAUCGCAUGGUACCCAGAGAGGUGGCAAAGUCCAUCUCCAAAAAAGUCGAUAUUGGAGAUUGGUGGAUCAUCUACAUGUUGGGCCGCAAUUUGGAUCCCAUCAUCUUCAAAGACGUCCUCACGGAACUCACGAAGAGUAUAGAUUCGUCCAAGAGGGAGAAAAACUAAAAACAAGAAAAAUCCCUCCGGCAUCUACUCAUCUCGCCAGCGGGAUAUCUCAUUUCAGAAAUGAGCCAACGCGACAAACCAUCUCAAAGUGGCCCGAGAUGGCGAGAAGGAGACGGAUUAAUUGAGUUAGAGCAUUUUGAAACUUUUGUAAUUUAUGAAUUUCCCAUCUGUCUGCAUGCCACCACAUCUGGAACAACGAUGACUUUUCCGCGAAAAGGGGCAUAUUUUACUUUCUUUUUUUUUGACCCGACAUCAAAACUCCAUCUCAAUUCCAUCUGAAAUUGACUGCAACAGAAUAUUUCAAAGGUCUACCGCAUGCCCUUGGCUGCUUCCAAAAUCCACAAUCUCCCCAUUUCUCAUUUCCACUAAAAUUCUAGAUUGAAUCUCAAGGGGAAAUUGCACAUCCCACAUGUUCUGUCUUGUUGGAGUUUAGAAUGUCCAUUACAUUUUACGCCUCUGUGAUUAUUGGUAAAUUAAAUUAAGGCUCAACAUUAGGCGAUGGUUCCUACUGGCGAGUAUGUUCAUUAAAUGCAGAUGUAAAUGCAACUGCAUUGAGAUUAUAGUCGAAUUGGAACCGUUAUAUGUAGUUUUAAUAGUCCUUUUGCAAAAUAAGUUAUCAGGGGAGAGAGAAUUUUAUUGUUGGCGCAGAGUGUCUCCUGUGUAUUUCAUUUUGACUAUGCUAUGAAAUUUUCCUCAAAUAAUCUCAUAUAUGGCAGCAAUAAGAUGCAAUUAUCACAUGCAUUGUUCAAAAUUCUUUUUUUUAUUAUUGCAUUUUCUCUAAAAAACAUUUCAAGAGAUUGUAUACAUUUCCUUUUAUACGAGGCUUCCCGACAGCAAUAUAUUUUUUAUAUACAUUUUAUAUAAUACUAUUGUAACUAUUGGACCACAUUUACGGCCAUCAACGAGAUGAAAAUAUAAUUUUUAUCAAGAAAA